ACCACACUCCAUCUCCGUGUCGGCCCCUGCAGGGUCUAAGCUGCUAAAGAAGCUUUAACCUUAAGGGGGCCUCAGGGAGAGAGGAGUUGUACCGCUGCCGCCGACAGCCCCACCUCCGCGGCUCCGGGUCCCGGGUCUCGGGCCCGACCUGUGGAGGCGAGCGGCGGCCGCAGGAAGCGGGCGGAGGCGGCCGGCGACCAGCCCGGUUCUCCGUCGCUCCGUGCGGGGCUGGGAGAGGGGAUCCGCCAUAUUGGAGCCGGAGCCGAAGGUACCUUGCAGCCGCCGCGCGAGGCAGGCGGAGGUGGCGGCCCUGGCCUGGAUCUGGGAGGAGUCGGCUGCUCCGAGGCCCGCAAGGCUGGGGAGUGAAUGAACGGCUCACGCUAGUCUCCUCCCCGCCCACUCUCUCCACUUUCCGCCGCCGGGACCCAGCCGCGAGGGGGCCGGAGUCGGCCGUGGCAGCGGCGGCGGCAGGAUGUUCUCUAAGAAGCCGCACGGGGACGUGAAGAAGUCUACCCAGAAGGUGCUGGACACCAAGAAGGACGCCCUGACCCGUCUCAAGCACCUGCGCAUCGUCAUUGAGAAUGCAGAGCCCAUCGAUCUUAAACAGUUUUUUGACCAACAUUUUUCACAUAUAUAUUAUGUGUUCUUUGAGAAUUUUGUUACUAUUGAAGCUAGUCUUAAACAGAAAGGUCACAAAUCUCAGAGGGAGGAAUUGGAUGCUAUACUUUUUAUUUUUGAGAAAAUUUUACAACUUCUUCCAGAAAGAAUCCAUCAGCGAUGGCAGUUUCAUAGUAUUGGAUUGAUUUUAAAGAAACUGCUGCACACAGGAAACUCCUUGAAGAUUAGGCGGGAAGGCGUUCGUCUUUUCUUAUUAUGGUUACAAGCUCUUCAGAAUAACUGUAGCAGAGAACAGCUUUGGAUGUUUUCAUGCUUAAUCCCUGGAUUUUCAGCACCACAAUCUGAAUAUGGACCUCGAACUUUAGAUAAUCUCAUUAAUCCUCCACUCAACCUUCAAGAAACUCAAGUCACUAUAGAGGAAAUUACUCCUCUUGUCCCCCCACAAUCAGGAGAUAAAGGACAGGAAGAUCUUACCAGCUAUUUUCUUGAAGCACUUUUAAAGUACAUAGUAAUUCAGGUAAAAAGUUUAGAAUGGAAGAACAAAGAAAACCAAGAAAGGGGAUUUUCAUUUUUGUUUUCACAUUUUAAGAAAUACUACUUGCCUUAUAUUUUUCCAAACAUCUGUAAAGAGAAUAGUUUAUAUCAUCCUGUCCUUGAUAUCCCACAAAUGAGACCAAAGCCACAUUAUGUCAUGAUAAAGAAGGAUGCUGAAACCAAUGAAGCAAUUUAUUGUACGAAGGAGCCUUUCAUUAAGGCUCGUGUUAUUGUCAUUCGUUGGCUGGUUUCAUUCUGGCUUGAGCCAAAGCCACAUACAGGACCUCAUAUUCCUGGGAUGGAAGGUGAAGUCUUACCAAAGAAUAUUCAGAGAGCAGCUGCUAGUUUGGUAUCCAGAGAAGAAAACAAAAAUGAUAAUGCUGAUAAAGUGGAUAGAACUACAGAACCCGAACAGUCUCAUUCCAACACAAGCACUCUCACGGAGCGAGAACCUAGCUCUUCUAGCCUCUGUAGUAUUGAUGAAGAACAUCUUACAGACAUUGAAAUAGUCCGCAGAGUUUUUUCUUCAAAAAGAAGUAAUGUAAACUUUGUUACAGAGAUAUUUCGUCAGGCAUUUUUAUUACCAAUUUGUGAAGCAGCAGCUAUGAGAAAAGUGGUAAAAGUGUAUCAAGAAUGGAUCCAGCAAGAGGAAAAACCUUUGUUUAUGCAAGAGCCAGAAGAAAUUGUGAUCUCUUCUUCAGACUUACCAUGCAUUGACAACGUCACAGACCAUGAUAUUUCAGUGGAAGAAGGAGAAAAGAGAGAAGAGGAAAAUGGAACCAAUAUUGCUGAUCAUGUUCGAAAUUCCACUUGGACAAAAAAUGGCACCUACCAAGAUGUUCUUCAUAAUGCUUCUGAAGAAGCCACAGAACAAAACAUACGAGCGGGUACUCAGGCAGUUUUGCAGGUGUUUAUUAUCAACUCCUCAAACAUAUUUCUUCUUGAACCUGCAAAUGAGAUAAAAAGUCUUCUGGAUGAGCACACAGAUAUGUGUAAACGAAUUCUUAAUAUUUAUCGGUUCAUGGUUGUGCAAGUAUCAAUGGACAAAAAGACUUGGGAACAGAUGCUGCUUGUGUUGCUCAGAGUCACGGAGUCUGUGCUGAAGAUGCCAUCACAAACUUUUCUACAGUUCCAGGGGAAAAAAAAUAUGACCUUGGCAGGUCGACUUGCAGGACCUCUUUUCCAGACUCUUAUAGUUGCCUGGAUCAAAGCAAAUCUAAAUGUGUACAUCUCCCGAGAACUUUGGGAUGACUUACUCUCAGUAUUAUCAUCACUGACCUAUUGGGAAGAGCUAGCCACUGAAUGGUCACUGACAAUGGAGACACUAACUAAAGUUUUAGCUAGAAAUUUAUAUAGUUUGGAUCUUAGUGAUUUACCAUUGGAUAAGCUAAGCGAACAGAAACAAAAAAAGCACAAAGGGAAAGGAGUGGGACAUGAAUUUCAGAAAGUUUCAGUUGACAAGUCAUUUUCUAGAGGAUGGAGUCGUGAUCAGCCUGGCCAAGCGCCAAUGAGACAGAGAAGUGCAACAACCACUGGUUCCCCAGGAACGGAAAAGGCGAGAAGUAUAGUACGGCAAAAAACUGUUGCCAUGAGAAGCCGAUCCAUUGGUGAAUGUGCUCUGCCAUCGGCCUAUAUACGCAGUGCUAAAAGUGCUCCUGUUCUGAUCCAUACUUCCAAACCCUUCUUGCCUGAUAUUGUUCUCACUCCCCUUUCUGAUGAGCUUUCAGAUAUUGACGAUGCUCAAAUACUUCCUCGUCCAACUAGAGUCAGACAUUUUUCACAAAGCGAAGACACUGGGAAUGAAGUUUUUGGUGCUUUGAGUGAGGAGCAGCCAUUGCCUCGAAGUAGCAGCACUUCUGACAUCUUGGAACCAUUCACUGUUGAACGAGCCAAAGGUGCAGUUCCUGUCAUUGACAGUUCAUCCCGUCAUGCGCCAAGCUUGCAGAGUUCCACAGAGGCUUCUUCAAUAUCUAGAUCCACUGAAAGCCACAUCACUGAUACUCAUAGUAGAGAGUCUUCUCUGGAAGUUGGUGAUAGCAUAUAUGACCAUCUUUGUCACUUAAUAGAUCCAGUAGAACUUGCAGACUCAGCUUUUGAACAAAUCCAGUACAUUGACCUUGAAGGAGAUGAUGAUCUUCUUUCCUCCCUGAAAGAAUAUUUUAAGGAAAACCAGGAAAGUCAUAGUAAAAAUGAGUUAGGUAAAGAUACAGCUUCACAGGAAGUGAGUAUUGCAGUAAAUAGAGAUGAAAGAUCAUCCUUAGAUAAUUUAGAGUACAUAGACCAGGAGAGUAAAUCAGAAAAUACCACCUGUUUUGUUGGGACUCCUGAAAGCAUACAGUUUCAAAAGGAACCAAACUCAGCUGUCUUCAUGAGUGAUAGUGCAUCCAACCAGUUAGACAGCUUUAUGAGAACAAAAACUGAAAAAUGUAAACAACUAAACAGCGAUCACCAGUCUUCGGAACCCAGUUCAGGUAGCCCUUGUGAUAAAGAAAAGAGGAAACAUUUGUAUAGACAAACAGCCACAGAAUUAGAUGCCUGUGUAGAUAUAACACUAGCUGAAAAGGUUAAGGCUGUGCAAAUUAAUGAAAAUAUCACUGUCCCACAUGUUAUGCAUGCCAAGAAAACUACACUAAAAGCACCUGUUAACCGUAGAAUGCCUCAUGUUACAAGUACUAGCAAGCUUUCUCCAACUAAAAGGAGCUUGUCUGAAACAGUAACUCAUAGAGCCAAAAUCAUGAAAAUCGCUACUAAAAAACGAAAUAGUGUUCAUGUUACUUUUAGACCAUCUACUGAGUCAGUUCAGUUUUAUAAUCCUCUGGAAAACAAAGAGGCUCCAUGGAAGAUGAGACUGCGGAAGCUCAGUGGCUUUACUAGUAGUAGUAGCAGCAGUACUGGCACCAGCAACUCCCACACCAGCUCAGACAGUGUCACAGAACUAGUAAAACCUGGUGUGUACAGGCCUCUCGAUACAAUUAGUACAGCUUCAGUAAGUAGUAAAACCAUUAAGGAAUCUACAGAGAUUCCCACCGCCACGUCACAAAAAGAAGGAAUCGCAAGUAAUCAGUUAGGUAGUCGUAGUACUCUUAGGUCAUCAAGUCAUGAGGCAGGACUACAGCAGGGCUCCCUGGGUGGCGUUUAUAAAACUGUUGUACAUGCUCUUUCGAAGCCGAAGGCAAAUGUUUCCCCACAGAGGCAGAACAGAAUGCCACCAGAGGCUCCACUGAGGGAUCUGUACAGUCAUGUAAUGGGCUAUUUUGGAAGGAAAGCUGCAGUCAAUAAAGAGGACAUGAGCUCAAAACUGCCCCCUCUUAAUAGUGAUAUUGGCAGCAGCAAUGCUAAUGUUCCUGAUCUGAUGGAUGAGUUUAUAGCAGAACGACUUCGAAGUGGUAAUGCCUCAACUAUGACAAGAAGAGGAAGUAGUCCAGGCAGCCUCGAAAUUCCCAAAGACCUCCCUGAUAUUCUAAACAAGCAGAACCAGAUGCGCCCUAUUGAUGACCCAGGUGUGCCAUCAGAAUGGACUUCUCCUGCCAGUGCAGGGAGCAGUGACCUUAUCAGCUCAGACAGUCAUUCGGAUUCUUUCAGCGCUUUCCAGUAUGAUGGCCGAAAAUUUGACAAUUUUGGCUUUGGAGCUGAUACUGGGACUGCAUCCUCUGCUGAUGUGGAUUCAGGUUCUGGCCAUUAUCACAGUGCUGAAGAGCAAGAAGUGGCUAGUCUAACCACGCUUCACAUCGAUUCUGAGACAAGCAGUCUUAAUCAACAAGCCUUCUCUACUGAAGUUGCAACAGUUACCGGUUCAGAAAGUGCUUCUCCGGUCCAUUCGGCUCUGGGAUCCAGGUCACAGACACCUUCUCCUUCCACAUUGAAUAUAGAUCACAUGGAACAGAAGGAUCUACAGCUCGAUGAGAAGCUCCACCACUCUGUUCUUCAGACACCAGAUGACCUAGAAAUCAGUGAAUUUCCAUCUGAAUGUUGUAGUGUGAUGGCAGGGGGCACUCUCACAGGAUGGCAUGCUGAUGUUGCUACUGUAAUGUGGCGAAGAAUGCUAGGCAUUUUGGGAGAUGUCAAUGCUAUUAUGGAUCCUGAAAUUCAUGCUCAAGUUUUUGAUUACCUCUGUGAACUUUGGCAAAAUCUAGCAAAGAUUAGAGAUAACCUUGGCAUUUCAACUGAUAAUCUGACCUCACCUUCUCCACCGGUUUUGAUUCCUCCACUGAGAAUUCUUACACCCUGGCUUUUCAAGGCAACCAUGUUAACUGAUAAAUAUAAACAAGGUAAAUUACAUGCUUAUAAACUUAUUUGUAAUACAAUGAAAAGAAGACAAGAUGUUUCUCCAAAUAGAGAUUUUCUAACACAUUUCUACAAUAUAAUGCAUUGUGGAUUACUUCAUAUUGAUCAGGAUAUUGUCAAUACAAUCAUCAAGCACUGCUCACCUCAAUUUUUUUCACUUGGUUUGCCUGGUGCCACAAUGCUUAUUAUGGAUUUUAUUGUAGCAGCUGGUAGAGUGGCUUCUUCAGCGUUUCUUAAUGCACCAAGAGUGGAAGCACAGGUUCUUCUGGGAUCUUUGGUUUGCUUUCCCAACUUAUAUUGUGAACUGCCUGCUCUGCAUCCCAACAUUCCUGAUAUUGCUGUGUCUCAAUUUACAGACGUUAAGGAACUUAUAAUCAAAACCGUAUUAAGCUCAGCAAGAGAUGAGCCCUCUGGUCCUGCACGAUGUGUAGCACUUUGCAGUUUAGGUAUUUGGAUUUGUGAAGAAUUGGUCCAUGAGUCUCAUCAUCCUCAAAUUAAAGAAGCUCUGAAUGUAAUUUGUGUUUCCUUAAAGUUUACUAAUAAAACCGUAGCCCAUGUAGCUUGUAACAUGCUUCACAUGCUGGUUCAUUAUGUACCCAGACUUCAGAUUUACCAGCCUGAUUCUCCCUUGAAAAUUAUUCAAAUUCUAAUAGCCACUAUUACCCAUCUUUUGCCAAGUACAGAAGCUUCAUCUUAUGAAAUGGACAAGAGGUUAGUGGUAUCCUUACUUCUGUGCCUUCUGGACUGGAUUAUGGCCUUACCUCUAAAGACACUGCUCCAACCAGUCCAUGCUACAGGAGCAGAAAAUGAUAAAAUAGAAAAAUCUGUCCUCAAUUGUAUUUACAAGGUAUUACAUGGGUGUGUUUAUGGAGCUCAGUGUUUUAGCAAUCCAAGGUAUUUUCCACUAAGCCUCUCUGAUUUGGCAUCUGUAGAUUAUGAUCCUUUUAUGCAUUUGGAAAGUCUAAAAGAGCCUGAACCUCUGCACUCUCCUGAUUCAGAACGAUCUUCUAAACUCCAGCCAGUAACAGAAGUGAAAACUCAGAUGCAACAGGGAUUAAUCUCUAUAGCUGCCCGCACUGUUAUUACACAUCUGGUAAAUCACUUGGGCCAUUAUCCGAUGAGCGGUGGUCCUGCUAUGUUAACAAGUCAGGUGUGUGAAAAUCACGACAAUCAUUACAGUGAAAGCACUGAACUUUCUCCUGAACUCUUUGAGAGUCCAAAUAUCCAGUUCUUUGUGUUGAACAAUACGACCUUAGUGUCCUGUAUCCAGAUCAGAUCAGAAGAGAGUAUACCUGGAGGAGGUUUAUCUGCUGGCCUUGCAUCAGCCAAUUCAAAUGUCAGAAUCAUAGUACGUGAUCUUUCUGGAAAAUAUUCAUGGGAUUCUGCCAUCCUGUAUGGACCACCUCUUGUAAGUGGUUUGUCAGAACCUACAUCUCUCAUACUUUCAUUGUCUCACCAAGAGAAGCUGGAAGAGCCUCCUGUAUCUAGUGAAUGCUUAGAAGAUGUAACAGUUAAAGAUGGGCUUUCUCUCCAGUUUAAAAGAAGAUUUAGAGAAACUGUACCAACUUGGGACACAAUAAGAGAUGAAGAAGAUGUUCUUGACGAGCUUUUGCAGUAUUUAGGUGUAACUAGUCCUGAAUGCUUACAGAGAACUGGAAUCUCACUUAAUAUUCCUGCUCCACAACCUGUGUGCAUUUCUGAAAAACAGGAAAAUGACGUUAUUAACGCUAUCCUUAAGCAGCAUACAGAGGAAAAAGAAUUUGUUGAGAAACACUUUAAUGACUUGAAUAUGAAAGCUGUGGAGCAAGAUGAACCAACACCUCAGAAACCUCAGUCAGCAUUUUAUUAUUGCAGAUUGCUUCUUAGUAUAUUGGGAAUGAAUUCCUGGGACAAAAGGAGGAGCUUUCAUCUCCUGAAGAAAAAUGAAAAACUGCUUAGAGAACUUAGGAACUUGGACUCAAGACAGUGCCGAGAGACACACAAGAUUGCAGUAUUUUAUGUUGCUGAAGGACAAGAAGACAAACAUUCCAUUCUCACCAAUACAGGAGGAAGUCAAGCAUAUGAAGACUUUGUAGCUGGUCUUGGUUGGGAGGUAAAUCUUACAAACCAUUGUGGUUUCAUGGGAGGACUACAAAAAAAUAAAAGCACUGGAUUGACCACACCAUAUUUUGCUACCUCUACAGUUGAAGUAAUAUUUCAUGUAUCAACAAGAAUGCCUUCUGAUUCUGAUGACUCUUUAACCAAAAAAUUGAGACAUUUAGGAAAUGAUGAAGUACACAUUGUUUGGUCAGAGCACACUAGAGACUACAGGAGAGGAAUUAUUCCUACAGAAUUUGGUGAUGUCCUUAUUGUAAUAUAUCCAAUGAAAAAUCACAUGUUCAGUAUCCAGAUAAUGAAAAAACCAGAGGUUCCCUUCUUUGGUCCACUUUUUGAUGGUGCUAUUGUGAAUGGAAAGGUCCUACCCAUUAUGGUUCGAGCAACUGCUAUAAAUGCAAGCCGUGCUCUGAAAUCACUGAUUCCAUUGUAUCAAAACUUCUAUGAGGAGAGAGCACGAUAUCUGCAAACAAUUGUCCAGCACCAUUUAGAACCAACGACAUUUGAAGAUUUUGCAGCACAGGUUUUUUCUCCAGCUCCCUACCAUCAUUUACCAUCUGAUGCCGGCUCCUACCCAGAGAUUCUACCCAGUGAAACUCCCACAGCAACGCAGGUAGAUGGGGCUGACCUGGCCUCUCCAAUGUCUCCUCGAACUAGCAAAAGCCGCAUGUCCAUGAAGCUGCGUCGUUCCUCUGGUUCAGCCAAUAAAUCCUAAGGAGACAGCAGCCCAGCAGUGGCCAGCAGUAGCCACCUUAGCAUGCACACAGCAUUAACCCUUUCCAGCUUCGUGUUUGCCAUAACAUGCAUGUUCCUUCCUGAACACUUAUUUUAGAAAACACUGGAUUUAAAUAAUUUGUAACUUAAUAUUUUAGAUUUGGAUUGUUUAUUCAGUUGUUUUUCCCACACACACACUCCAAGCUGCCAUAAGGGGGAGAGGGGUGGAAUUUUAUUCUGCACCCUUUACCUUCCCUAGAUAAUUAUGUCUAAGUAGUUUUAAUUUUAUAAUUAACUUUGAGCCAAAAUAUAACUGGCCAGAUAGUCUCAUUAUUUUAUUUAUCUUGCCCCAUUGCAACUUUAUGGCUCAGUAAAUAUAUAAUUUUUUAUAAAUGUGCAUCUUUAAAUUUAAACAUUUGUAAAGUUAUAGCAAAGGUUACAGAUCUGUUAAUACACAGGAUGUGUAUGGAUUAUUUAUGUUACUAAAAUAAAACACUUAAAUGGUUUUUUGAAGCAUCUCGAAUUCCAGCUGAAAUAAUUUUAGCAUUAACUUUUUCUUCCCAAACCAAUAUCUCAUUUCUUGGCUGUGCAGGUGAUGCCAUGACGCAUCUAAUAAUCAGAAAAAUCACUGUGCUGAACUUUGAUUCAUGUUUAGCUUCCAAAUAUUUUUCUAAUGUUCUGCUUUUUAAAUGGUAUCACUGUUAAAUGCCAUUUCUGUUUUGAGAUUGUGGCCCCUUAUUAUUGGCUGCUGGAUCCUGGUGUAUCUGUGUUCUUCCUUAAGUACCAUAAAGGGAGGAAUUGGGGGUGGGGCAAAAGAAGACUUUCUGAUAUAAAGUCUGUGGCUUAAAUUAUGUGUAGUACUUAAAAAAAAAAAAGAACAUAACCCAGGAGUCUAAAUUAAUCUGAUGUUGUUAAUACUGAAUUUGCAGUCACAGGUUGGUAUACAUUCCACCCACCAGAAGUAUUUUCCUACAGUAGAUAAGCUGCUCACAUUUUGUUUUGAACAGGCAUCUCCUAAGGAAAUGUAGCAUGACAUUGAUACUAACUGCAUGUGUAAAUACAUCAUACUGCAAACUAUAAAAUAUAAAUUAUGUAUCAUCAUUCAUGUAGUAUCUACAAAUUUGUAACAGUGGGAAAAAAGAUGGUAUUUAAUAAUACAAUAAAAAUAUUCUUCUCA